AUGGGAAGGAGGGAAGUGUUUGAGAGGUACACAAACCUUGAUCCACGCGCUUCACGAUACAUACCUCCGAGGGUGGGUUGGAGUUUGACAGAGGGCCGAACAUUUCUGGAUGCCCUCACUUAUGAUGCGGUUAUCUGGCAUCCAUACGUUUCUCACACACGUACAUGCCCAUUCAUGGCCAUAUCUAUGUUUUCGAGAUGGAUCCGACUAAGCGACAUGAUUCAUCGACAUCUACCUGAACGCGUGUUGCAGCAUGCCAUUACUAGUGUCGUUGAAGCUCAUAAGCCAUAUGCAUGUGUUGAUGGAUACAUAGCGUGGUUUAGGCAGGUGUCGCACCCGUACAACACUCCAGGCGACGACGAUGAAUGA